GUCAGAGAAAUUUUAUAGCUAAGGAAGAAAAUGGAGAAGAAGAGAGGAUUGACAUUGUUCAUAGUUUUCAUAAUUCUGCAGAGUGGGGAGGGAAGAUUAUCUCAAAGUUUCUACAACACUACCUGUCCGAUAUUGGAGUCUAUAGUAAGAAAGGUGGUGGAAGAAAAGGUUAACCAAACCUUCGUCACAGUCCCCGCGACCCUACGUUUGUUUUUCCAUGACUGCUUUGUUGAGGGUUGUGAUGCAUCAAUCAUGAUUGCAUCUCCAAAUGGGGAUGCAGAGAAGGAUGCUCCAGACAAUCUCUCCCUUGCCGGCGAUGGAUUUGACACCGUAAUAAAGGCCAAGCAAGCGGUGGAAGCAAAAUGCCCUGGAGUAGUCUCCUGUGCAGACAUUUUGGUUAUUGCUGCUAGAGAUGUUGUACGCCUGGCUGGAGGUCCUUCAUUUAAAAUACAAUUGGGACGUCGCGACGGCCUGGUAUCACAAGCAUCAAGAGUAGCAGGAAAUCUGCCAGAGCCUAACUUCGAUCUCACUCAACUCAACACCCUUUUUGCCAAAAACAACCUUACACAAACUGAUAUGAUUGCACUCUCAGGAGCUCAUACUCUAGGCUUCUCUCAUUGCAGUCGCUUUGCAAAUCGCUUGUACUCAUUUUCUCCAUCCUCUCCCGUGGAUCCUGAUCUGGAUCCUACCUACGUACAGCAGUUAAAGGAAGACUGCCCUCAAGAUGUUGACCCUAGAAUUGCCAUCGACAUGGAUCCUGUAACCCCUCAAAUUUUUGACAAUAUGUACUUUAAGAAUCUAAUUGCUAAGAAGGGCUUGUUUACAUCAGAUGAUGUGCUCUUUACCAAUCCAGCAUCUAAACCAACUGUGAUGAAUUUUGCUGGAAACCAAAGAAACUUUAAAGCAGCCUUCAUCAUAGCAAUGAGGAGGCUUGGAAGGGUGGGAGUUAAGGCUGGUAAAGCAGGGGAGAUAAGGCUAGACUGCACAACCUUCAACGCUUGAGGGAAGAUAUUGGCAUGGAU